CUUAUUUAGUAAGCCGAGUGGAUGGCAUUGAAACCCAAAAAUGGGAGAAUAAUCGAAUCAGCAUUUAUCACAUUAGCAGCAGUAAGACUGCUGAGGAGACGCAUGCUUAUUUCAUUUUCUCACGAGUCCAUGCUGAUCGGAAUGUUUAUCCAUCGGCCGGGGUGCUUUUUGUCCACGUUUUGGAGCGUGAAUCCUUCAAAGGAGAAUUUCCUCCUUACUCAAAACAACUUGCUGAUUCCAUGAACGACCCCAUCACAUUCAAGACAAAUUUGAAGGGCUUCCCAGACAGACCUGGCUGGCUACGAUACAUCCAGAGAACUCCAUACAGUGACGGAGUUCUUUACGGAUCACCGACUCCUGAGGAUGUUGGCAAAGAAACAAAAAUUGAGGUCACUGCCUGUAAUAGACGUACAUAUGAAACUGCAAGGCACACUUUAAGCAUCCACAUCACGGCUGCAAAUGAUUAUCCUAUGCAAUAUCAAGCAGAGUUCUUUGUGAAGAACAUGAAUGUGGAAGAGAUGCUGGCAAGCGAAGUGAUUGGUGAAUUUCUGGGAGCAGUAAAGAGUGUUUGGCAACCAAACCGCCUCGCUGCUAUUGACAUUGUCUCAGCUCUGGAUAGGGGCGGGCGAGUCCCACUCCCCAUCAAUAAUUUGAAAGAAGGGGUUUACGUGAUGGUGGGUACGGAUGUGCCAUUCUCAUCCUGCCUCAGGGAGACAGAAACCCCUCAGCACCUGAUGAAGUGCAGCCAGCAGAUGGAACCUGUCAUCAGCUGCGACAAGAAAUUUCGCUUCCAUUUUGACAUUGACUGGUGCAAACUGUCCUUGGUCGAUGUAUGGAAGAAGCCGGCUUCCAACAAUAAUUUGGUUUUUGGAGACGGUGUCCUACCUGACGAUGGAGAAUAUGAUCCACCUUCCACCAACCUGAAGAGCAAGGACUAUUACACAGACUUUGUGAUCACGCUGGCAGUGCCCAUAGCAGUCUCCCUGGUGCUGUUUGUCGUGCUGGGGUACAUCAUGUUCUGCCGUCGGGAAGGAGUGCAAAAGAGAGCCAUGCAAACACCAGACAUUCAGCUAGUCCACCACAGCUCCAUCCAGAAAUCCACAAAGGAGCUUCGGAACAUGUCGAAGAACCGGGAGGCAGCCUGGCCCCUCUCCACACUACCCGUCUUCAACCCAGUGACAGGCGAGAUAGUGCCACCACUUCACCAUUCAGACAACUGCGACACCUCCAACAUGCCUCUCAUGCAGACACAGCAGAAUCACCCAUUGCAGACCCAGCUCCCCCAGCAGCACGGUGCAGGAGAAUUUUAUAUGUCGACAUUUCUACAAUUUGAGGUAAAUGACAAACCUGAGGAAGGAAAACUGAAUGAGGCAUUCACCUGACAGUCACAUUCUACUCUGGAAGGGGAUUCUUCUGCAUACUGACCAAAAGUGUGUUGUUUUUACUGUGUGUGCCAAUGUGCAUGGAUACAUGUCUGUCUGCCGUUGCUAUUGUCAUGAAUUUAACAUUUUGUACCAGUGUUUCACACAUUAUCUAGCAUAAUAAAAUGCAAGAUUUACUUUUUGCACAUUUGUAAUUUAUACAAGCUUUCAAUGUAUUUCAAUUAAAACGAUUUAUAUAGAAAA